AUGAAUUUCAUGAUCACAAACUAUCAGCAAACCACACGAUAUGAAGAAUUGGAGGCAUUCAAGUUGCAAUUGGCAUUGGAGUUAUUGAUGGGACCUGCACAUGUAACUCCUAGCUUGAUGGGCGAAAGUCAAAUCAGUCCGAGUACAUCGUGUUCUUCACUUCCUGCAUCACUGAACCCGUCGCCAACGGUGCCAUUUAGGCAGGCGGCAUCAUAUCCUCAUCGCCCUCCUAACCCAGCAUUAGAGAGAAGAAGACCAAUGCCCCUGUCCUUUGGAAAUGCGCCGAAUGAAGAUCGCUACGGUUUGCAAGCUCGCGGAUGGUUGAAGCAAAGGGACAGGAAGGGGUUUCACAGAAUCCAAGUCUUAAGUCGGAAGAAGAAAAAGAUGAAGAUAUAA